GGGCAGCAUCCCGGGAAGACGGAGCUGGAGACACUGCGGGAGGUGGAGGAAGAGGAGGAGGAGGAGGAGGACGAGGAUGAAGAGAUGGCCGCUCUGCACUACGAGAGACAGAUCACGGAGCUGCUGGUGGUCAUUCUCGAGUUGAACAGAAAGAUCGACAGACUGACACUCACCAGCUGCCGGGAAGAUGACGAAUACCUGGACACUGGCUCUGAUCUCAGCGACCACCAGUCCCUGGAGACAAGUUCGCUCCAGCUGCCGGACCAGGACCACGUGGCACUGUCCGCCCUCCCAGGGCAGCCACGUCAGACAUCAAUGCCACCAGCAGGUGAACCCUGCGACCUCUCGCGGACUCUGCAUCGGGUGCUGACAGAAAUCGAGGACGGCGUGCGCACACGGAAAGCUAAAAUCCCACCUCGGGGAGAUGACCGCGAGGCAGAGGAGGAAGCUCGUACCCGAUGGGAGCUGGUCACACAGCGGAUCGAGGAGGUGGCGGGCCUGGGUGUGGGCCUGAGCCCAGAGCUACAAGAGGAGAGGACCCAGAGGGAGGAGGAGGCCAUGGAGUGCCUGAGAGCGAGGAACCAGCAUCUGAGGGAGCGUCUCCAUGGGAAGGAGCAGGAGCUGACGGUUGCCACGGUGGCCGUCGGGAGGAUUCAACGCGAGAGGGACCGGCUCCGGCUGAAGGCUGAUGAAUUGCUGUCCAGUCUGCAUGAUGUGCAGCAGAUUGAGUCGGCCCCUUCAUCUGCCAGUAGUGUGGGCAGAGCUGGCUACAACCCCAUCAGCAACGAGCCCGGGAUGACAGCCAACAAAGUUCCCAGCUUUGUCUUUGAACAGUUGAUGCAGACAUUCCAGGAUUGUACCGUUCCAGGCGUCCGGAUGUUCUCCCGAUUUUUUCAGGUGCAUGGAUCCAACGUGACGGGUGUCGGGAUCCGGGAUUCCGAAAUGGAGGCCGAACAGCUGAGGAAUUCCAUCGACGAGUGGAAGGAGGGCAACAAUCUGCUGUCCAGGGUCCUGCAGCAGUGCAAGGGCGACUGCGAGAGACUGAGUAUGUUGCUGAGUAAACACGAGUCCAACAGCACCGCGCUGCACCUUGCCCUCCAGUACAGUGAGGAUUGUAUUGAGACUUACGGAAAGCUUCUGGUCAAGGUUGGAUCUAUGGAAACAAAACCGGAUGCAGGAGAGCCAGAGGCUGAUGACAGUGUUGCCCAGCUGAGAGGAGACAUUGUGGGGCAGAGGCAGGGCUUCACUGCCAUGAAGCAGACCAUCCUCGGCCUGCAAGGCAUGUCUCCGGACCUGAAGCGCUACCAGCGAGCUGAGGCUGUGGCUGAGGCUGAGGCUGGGCCUGCACGCCGUGAGAUGGUGCCAGCGACACAGGACCCGCUUUCACCCGCCUUCAGCUCACGGUCACCGGGGAUGCUUCAGCGCCAGAGCAAAGGGAAGGAAGAGCAGCAGCAGGAUCUCCUGACCGUCAGGGAAGAUAUGUCCUGGUUGAAAGGCCAGCUGAGUUGGAUGAAGAAGGAGAAGAAAGGCUUGGAGCAGACGUUGCGAUCUCAGGAGCCUCAGGACGAGGCUGUAAUCCUUCUCCUCACACACUGGAAAGAGGAACGAGAUGUCUGGCUGCGGGAGGAACCCAGAACAGACCGAGCCAGACAGGAAACCAAACCGGUGUCCAUGCCUACAACAUACGAUGAACAGCUGGCGACAGAACUCUCAAUGAUCUCUGCCCGGGAGAGGCAUCUGAGAGAUCAGGUUGAGGAGCUGGCUGCAUCACUGGGGAGGCAAAUAGAAAAUAACAACAUUCAGAAGGACCAGUCUGAAGAGCUGGCCAUGGAGCUGAAGAGAACUCACAGCAAUCUGUCCGCCACCUUCAAAAGCACCAAAAGGAAAUCCGAGAGCCAGCUGCGGAGACUGGAGAGGCAGGUGGAGGCCAUGUCCGAGCGCCAGGCUGCCCAGCUUCAACUACUCCAGCACAGACUGCUGACCCUUCAGGUCAAGACGGACCGCUCCAGUGGCACGCCAUUGUAGCAGAGAUCUGAAGACCACACCUGGACACCUCCGGACCUUGCACACAAACACCGCUUGACUAUCAUCGCAGAACAUGCCACGUUUGUGGGAGAGCGCCGGUGGGAGAGACCAUGGGUCGGUGGAGUCCAUGAGAUGGAAUUCUCUGCCGCAGAAGGCAGUGGAGGCCAAUUCACAGGAUGUAUCGAUAUAGCUCUUAGAGCUAACAGAAUCAAGGGAUAUUGGGGGAAAAAGCAGGGACGGAGUACUGAUUUUGGAUCAUCAGCCAUGAUCAUAUUGAAUGGUAGGUGCUGGCCUACUCCUGCACCUGUUUUCUAUGUUUCGGUGAUAAGGGAGAGUGCUACUGGUCUUAGGGAGUAGGUGUGAGAUUUGAGGGUUGGGUCAGGCAUGGUCAAGCAUCUGUGGAGAUGAUUCAAGGAAGAGUGGACUGUUCAUGAAGAGGUGAAAGCAACGUGAAAUGGAGAUUUAAUAAAUAGAAAAUAGAAAAAGGUGCCUGGUGUACUUGCCUUCAUUGCCCGGGGCAUUGAGUAUAAGAGUCAGCAAGUCAUGAUGCUGCUCUGUAGGACUUCGGGCAGGCUGCAUUUGUUCAGGCUGCAUUGCUUGCCGUGGAGGCCAAGUCAGUGGAUAUUUUUAAGGCAGAGAUAGAUACAUUCUUGAUUAGUACGGGUGUCAAGGGAUAUGUGGAGAAGGCAGGAGAAUGGGGUUAGGAGGGAGAGAUAGAUCAGCCUUGGUUGAAUGGCGGAGUAGACUUGUUGGGCCGAAUAGCCUUAUUCUGCUCCUAUAGGUUAUGACCUUAUGAAUUAAGAUCUCCCACUUCAAUGAUAUGGGACCUUAGAGACACGGAUCUGGAGUACUACGUAUAGUUUUGUCAUUUACAAAAUAGUAUACUUAUGGUGCAAGUAGUGCAAGAUCCAUCAGAUAGGCUGGCCGACUUGUCAUAGAAUCAUACAUACAGUGUGGAAACAGGCCCUUCGGCCCAACUAGCCCACACCAACCAAUAUGCCCCAUCUACACUAGUUCCACCUGCCUGCGUAAAAAAGUUACACCUCAGGUUCCCAUUAAAUCAUUCUCCCCUCACCUUAAACCUAUGUCCUCUGGUUCUCGAUUCCCCUACUCUGGACAAAGGACUGUGCGUCUACCCGAUCUAUUCCUCUCAUGAUUUUUGUACACCUCCAUAAGAUCAUCCCUCCUCCUCCUACGCUGCAAGGAAUAGAGUCCAAGUCUGUUCAGCCUCUCCCUGUAGCUCAGGGCCUCGACUACAGAUCAGGAGAGAUUGAGUAGGCUAGGCCUCUACUCUUUAGAAUUUACAAGAAUGAGAGAUAACAUAUCAAAAUUGGAACAUUCUGAUAAGACUCCACAGGGAUCUCUGGUGCUUCUCACAGCUAAAUAAUCGCAACACAAGGCGAUUCAGAAAAAUAUCUCUGAAAUUUCUACCGUAAAUCGCUGAUAAUAUGGCCGGAUAUUUAUGGCUUUUUGAUUAUUAGAGAAAUCAAGAAAUCUAGGGAUUGGGCAGGAAUAUAGUGUUUUUAGACUUAGAAACAUAGAAAUUAGGUGCAGGAGUAGGCCAUUCGGCCCUUCGAGCCUGCACCGCCAUUCAAUAUGAUCAUGGCUGAUCAUCCAACUCAGUAUCCCGUACCUGCCUUCUCUCCAUACCCCCUGAUCCCCUCAGCCACAUCUAACUCCCUCUUAAAUAUAGCCAAUGAACUGGCCUCAACUACCCUCUGUGGCAGAGAGUUCCAGAGAUUCACCACUCUCUGUGUGAAAAAAGUUCUUCUCAUCUCGGUUUUAAAGGAUUUCCCCCUUAUCCUUAAGCUGUGACCCCUUGUCCUGGACUUCCCCAACAUCGGGAACAUUCACGCUUAGAGGUGCAGCGUGAAAACAGGCCCAUCAGCCCACACCGACCUGCGAUCACCUCGUACACCAACACUGCCCUGCACAUAAGGGAACAAUUUACAAUUUACAGGAGCCAAUUAACCUGCAAACCUGCACGCCUUUGGAGGAAACCGGAGCACCCGGAGAAAACCCACGUGGUCACGGGGAGAACGUGCAAACACUGUACAGACAACACUGUAUGUAGUCAGGAUCGAACCCGGGUCACUGGCGCUGUGAGGCAGCAACUCUACCGCUGCGCCAUCGUGCCGCCGU